UGUUGGCAAACACGCAAUACAGUUGUGCGUUAGACAUUUGAAAAAAUCAAUUAAUCAAUGACCCUAGAUAUCAUCCAUUCUGUCGUAAUCAUAACGCAUGGGGUAACAGAAGCAAAAUCUCAAAAGGACUUUGAAACUAUGAAAAAUAAUUCAUGUACUUUCUUUUUCCCUUUGAAAUACGGGCGCACGCGCAAUGUCAGUUUUCAUUUGAACUUCCAUCGAACCGCGAGCAUUUAGUUGCAAGCAAGCUCUCGAGUAUCAACAAUGAAUAAAGAGAAAGCUGUCGUGACCGAGCAUGAUUAUAAGAAAAACGUGGAUUUGAGUAUUCAGUGGAAUCGUUGGUUACUAGUACCAAUUGGUACUUGGCCAAAUUUACGUAAAUCGAUACUAGGAAAAUAUUUCGCUUCGCUCAUUAAUGUUAUUUGUUUCGGUUUAAUCGGCUUCAUGCUCGUAUCAUGUACCCUGUACCUCGUUAUAGAAGUAGAAGAAGCGUAUCACAAAAUCGAAAUGAUUGGCCCAUUGAGCUUUUUCUUAAUGACGUUUAUGAAAUAUUAUCUUUUGAUACUACAAGAAAAUCACAUCAACGAGGGAUGCGAACACAUCGAAUGGGACUGGAAGAAUAUCGAACAUCACGAAGAUAGAAAUAUCAUGGCACAGAACGCGAAUUACGGACGAAGAUUAGUGGCCAUCUGCACCUUUUUCUUAUUUAGUGGUUUUGCGUUUUUCUAUAUUGUCGUACCUGCUAGCAUUGGUCAAGUGGUAGCAGAGGAUGGAAAUUUGAGCUUCGUCCCGCUACCCUUUCCUGCCUCGAGAUUGAUCGCUGAUGUGCGUUACAGUCCCAGUAAUGAAAUCAUCUUCUCCAUCCAAACCCUAACAGGUGUUGUAAUGCAUAUUGUAACAUCAGCGGCUUGCAGUAUCGCCGCUGUGUUUGCGGUUCAUGCUUGCGGUCAGAUGCAAGUAUUAAUGAACUGGCUGGAACAUUUGGUCGAUGGUCGAUCCGAUAUGAGUAAUAUCGUGGAUGAAAGGAUCGCUAGCAUUGUCACUCAACACAAUCGGAUACUGAGAUUUCUGGCGCUCACCGAAAAUGCGCUUCAACAAAUAUCUUUCGUAGAAUUUUUGGGAUGUAUGAUGAACAUGUGCCUUCUCGGAUAUUAUUUUAUAGUGGAAUGGAGUUCGAAUGAUAUUAUGCACUCGAUAACUCACAUGAUCUUAAUGAUAUCGUUCUCUUUCAAUAUUUUUAUAUUCUGUUAUAUAGGUGAACUAGUUGCUGAACAGUGCAAAAAAGUUGGUGAAAUGACAUAUAUGAUCGACUGGUACCGAUUGACAGGAAAAAAGAAGCUUGGCUGCAUUUUAAUCAUUGCAAUGUCCAAUUCGUCGAUAAAAUUCACUGCAGGAAAUAUGAUUGAAUUAUCUAUUAGUACUUUUAGCGAUGUAAGUAUGAGACUAUUGAUCGGUCGAGCACCAACGAUGCAAAAACGGAAAUCUGUCGUGACCGAGCAUGACUACGAGAAAGACGUGGAUUCGAGUAUUCAGUGGAAUCGUUGGCUGCUAAUACCGAUCGGUGUUUGGCCAAAUUUUCGUAAAUCGAUGAUUGGAAAAUAUCUUUCUUCGCUGAUUAACAUUCUUUGCUUCGGCUUGAUCGCGUUCAUGUUCGUAUCUUGUGGUCUGUACGCCCUCAUAGAAAUAGAGGAAUUGUAUCAUAAAAUCGAGUUGCUUGGUCCAUUGAUCUUUUUCUUGAUGACGUUCAUAAAGUAUUAUCUUUUGAUACUUCACAAAAAUGACAUCCGCGAGGGGUGCAAACGCAUCGAAUGGGACUGGAAGAACAUCGAACAUCACGAAGAUAGAAACAUCAUGACAGUGAACGCGAAUUACGGACGAAGAGUAGCUGCCAUCUGCACCUUCUUCUUAUUUAGUGCUUUUGCAUUUCACUACAUCAUUGUACCAAUCAGCAUGGGUAAAGUGGUCGAUGAGAGUGGGAAUUUGAGCUUCGCCUCGUUACCCUUUCCUGUCCCGGGAUUUAUCGCUGAUGUGCGUUACAGUCCCAGUAAUGAAAUUUUCUACUUCAUCCAAACUCUAACAGGUGCCGUAAUGCAUACUGUAACAUCAGCGGCUUGCAGUAUCGCUGCUGUGUUCGCGGUGCAUGCUUGCGGCCAGAUGAAAGUGAUGAUGAACUGGCUGGGACAUUUGGUCGAUGGUCGACCCGAUAUGAGCAAUACCGUGAAUGGGAGAAUCGCCAAAAUUGUCAUUCAACACAACCGGAUACUGAGAUUUUUGGCGCUCACCGAAAAUGCGCUUCAACAAAUAUCUUUCGUAGAAUUUUUGGGCUGUAUGUUGAUUAUGUGUCUCCUCGGGUAUUAUCUUAUAAUGGAAUGGAAUUCGAAAGACAUAAUGCUUUCAAUAACUCACAUGGCCUUAAUGACAUCGUUCACUUUCAACAUUUUUAUAUUUUGUUAUAUAGGAGAAUUAGUUGCUGAACAGUGCAAAAAAGUUGGUGAAAUGACAUAUAUGAUCGAUUGGUACCGAUUGUCAGGAAAAAAGAAGCUUGGCUGCAUUUUAAUCAUUGCAAUGUCCAAUUCAUCGAUAAAAUUCACUGCAGGAAAUAUGAUUGAAUUAUCUAUUAGUACUUUUAGUGAUGUCGUUAAAACGGCGAUGGCUUUCUUAAACAUGUUACGAGCAAUGACUUGAACAUUUGAAUAAUAUAACCAUUUAUU